AUGGUGAAAUCUUUGGACAUUUGCAUCUGCCUCUUUAUCCUUGCACUAGACAUCUAUGCCGCGGUUCUUGGGUGGGAAGCAGAAGAAGCUCAAAACCAGAAAUUGGGGAAAUUUCUAGACGUUUUCGUCUGCCUCUUUAUCGUUGCACUAGACGCCGUUGGAGGGAAACUCGGGUUGAAAGCAUAUGAUGCUGAAGGCCAGGAGAGGCAUUUGAAGCUGUGGAUGAUUGAGUGCAAGGGGCCAAGCCAUGGUGCAUUUGUUUUAGGGAUAGGAGCAGCAAGUCUUCUUGUAAUAGCCCAUGUUAUUGCUAAUUCACCUUGUUUUGUCACUAUGAAAACUUCUUCCAAUAAGACCUUGGCCAAGAUAUUCCUUGUUAUCACUUGGUUCGUCAUGCUCAUCGGAUUAGGUUUGCUCGCGUUUGGAAUAAAGUCGAACCACGAAUCAAGCAGGGAGUCGUGCAGCGUAAAACUAGUCGUCGUCCAUGUCCUGAAGUACGGUGGCUACUCAUGCAUGGUUCAUGCCUUCUUUGCAGUUGCAUACUAUGCUACUGCCACUUCCUUAUUUACUUGGGGGGAUUAA